UUUUGGGUUUUGUUGUGUGCAUGCGCGCAAGCAUUUGGUGUGUAAACUGAGUCACUAUUUUUAGAAUAUUUAGAAACUUUGGAUAAAUCGUUGGUAUAUUUUCUUUUAAAAUAUCUUGCCAUUUAUCUACGUUCUAGAAAAGCAAAGGGUUGCGUGGCGGCAUCAAAAGCAUUUCAAAAUUUACUGUGAAGUCUACCUUGGCUCAUAUUGAUAUUGAUAUAGCCUUGCUUGGCUCCCAGUGAAUUUUUGGAGGUGGGUUUGAGACUUGAGACUGUCACUCAUUGUAAUUCAUUUUGAGAAGAAGAAUGCAUUGUACUUUAUUUUAGGUACAAUCUCUCGAUUAUUUUGUAGCAGCCAUGUCGGGCAAGCUGCCGUUCGGCGCGGCGUCUGGCGGCAGCGAUCGGAAGCCGAGCCGCGCGGCGGCGCCGCUAGCCGGCGCCACCUCCGCGGCGGUGGCUGCCAGUCCCAGCGGCGCCGGCUCCAACAACGAGCUGGCCGCUCUGUUCGAGUGCCCCGUGUGCUACGACUACGUGCUGCCGCCGAUUCUGCAGUGCCAGAGCGGCCACCUGGUGUGCUCGUCAUGCCGCAGCAAGCUCACCUGCUGCCCGACCUGCCGCGGCACCCUCGGCAACAUCCGCAACUUGGCGAUGGAAAAGGUGGCCACGACGGUGAUGUUUCCGUGCAAGUACGUGUCGUCGGGCUGCUCGGUGCUGCUGCUGCACACGGAGAAGGCCAACCACGAGGAGGCCUGCGAGUGCCGUCCGUACCAGUGUCCGUGUCCGGGCGCCAGCUGCAAGUGGCAGGGCAGUCUGGACCAGGUGAUGAACCACCUCACCAUGGCGCACAAGAGCAUCACCACGCUGCAAGGUGAGGACAUUGUGUUCCUGGCGACUGACAUCAACCUGCCCGGCGCGGUCGACUGGGUGAUGAUGCAGUCCUGCUACAACCACCACUUUAUGCUGGUGCUGGAGAAGCAGGAGAAGUACGACGGCCACCAGCAGUUCUUCGCCAUCGUGCAGCUCAUCGGGUCACGGAAACAGGCGGAGAGCUUCGCCUACAGGCUGGAGCUGAACGGCCACCGGCGGAGACUGACCUGGGAGGCCACGCCUCGCUCCAUCCACGAGGGCGUCUCCAGCGCCAUCCUCAAGUCCGACUGCCUCGUGUUUGACACCAGCAUAGCCCAGCUGUUUGCCGACAACGGAAACCUCGGCAUCAACGUCACCAUUUCCAUGUGCUGAGCGGCCGCCGGACGCCGCGCGGCGCGCAGUGACAGACUCACAGACAGGACGCGUACAGAGCGCCGUCUGCUCUUGAUGUGAUAUUGUGUGGGGUGGGGAGUGCGGUGGUGAUGGCGGCGGCUCCCGAACGGCCGCCUCUGGUGCCUUGUCGAAGUGCAAAGGGAGGAAGAUCUGGACUGGAGACGUGUCGCCACACGCCACCUGAAAUGUGCGAACUCUGGUGAGAGCCGUUGGACUCGAGUGGGACUUUCCAGAGGUGUGUGGCUGGGCCGGGUGACGCUAGUAGUACAAACGUUCCAGUGUGGACAGGGAGCCGCUGGACGGCCGUUGUGACGGCGGCAGACGUGGCAGUUCCACGUCAGGGUCAGUUUAGGCAACGCCUCUCUGCUGCCAGCGGUGGACGCAGCAAAGUAAGACGAGCUUCGGGACGCGGGGUGUCCCGGGCUGGCUUUAGUGUUGGACAGGGUUUGUUCCUCUCGUCCAGUGGGGACGCGGCCUGGCUCCUCGCUCAUUCCACCGGUGUCGCUGAGUUCCAGCCAGGGUUCCGCGCCCGGCCCCGGGGUCGCCCUGACGCGGCAGUGUGUGAAUUUGGCGUGCCUGUGAUUACCCGAGCUGUGUGGGAGUGAGAGACUGACGUCUACUGCCCGCGCGGUGGCGUUACGCUCGAUGUGGUUAGCUCUCGCUACCCGAGGCACCAGACAUGGAGACAAGACAGUGGCCACAUCCGUCUGCCGCUGUCACCAAUGGGGCUUUCCUCGGCUGCAGGUAGCGUUAGAAGUGGUGCGGAUCACAGCAGCCAUUCACAACCCGUGCGCCGAGGCGACUUCACCCAAACCGUGGUAAACGGGGUGUUCGUGACAGCCCGUCUCCUUGGGAGGCGGGUCGCUCGCCGCACCUUCUAUCAGCUGACGGGGUCGUCACGGGGGUGACCGAGCGACCGUCACGGCGUCACGGUGGUGUUCCAGUGGCGCUACGACGGUGUGACGCUGGCGUCACGAUAAUGAAACGCCGGCGUUCGCCUCGUCCCUCGCCCUGCCCCGGCUAUGUGUGGGUUGUGUGUUAUUUGUGUGCGUUUUCCGGCACGGAGCUGCCUCACUGUGUGUGGUAUCAGUGGGCUGGGGGUGUUACAGGGCACCGUUUUCAGUGUAAUACCUGAUGACCUCGUAAACCCGGGUGGCUUGGCUGGGAUCGGAGCUGGUCCCCGCGAAUCGGACGCUGGUAGCGCCACGUAUCGGCUGUGCUGAUACUGAUACCAGGCCCGUGACUUUCCGCCACACCGGCUCGUCUGUGUUAGGGGUGGUCGCUGGUUUCCCGCCGUGACAUCAUACUCAGUGCACGGUUGCGUCGGCUCCCUGGGGGCACCAGGCGAGGCUAGGUCACUAGACAUCGACGCGGGCGACCGGACCCUGGGAGAGGCUGGGUGGCUAGCUGGCGUCGUAGGGCAUCAGUGUGUGUUUCAUGCUACACGGGAAGGGGGAAGAGGCUAGGUCACCCCGGAUGACUGGGAUAGGCUAGGUCAUCCGGCGUGGUCUGGCUGUCGCCCCACCCUAUGCACGACGCUCAGCCGGCGAAAAUAUAUGAUGUCUUACCUGA